ACAGCGCGCUUCGCGCGCUACUCCAGCCAGCCAUACUUGUUCGGAUCGGAUCGGACUAGUCGGACGCCUAGCAUAUCCCAAAGAAUCUGUAAGGAUUACAGAUUCUUUGCAUAUCCUCUGUGGAUACUCCUUGGGCUAAUCGCCCGACGUCGGACGUGUAGACACUUUAGUGAAAUUGCUGGCAGUGUGACGUACGGUGUAAACACUAUUUGCAAAAAUAAUGUCAGAAGAAGAGCAUGUCAUUGAAACUGAUGAAAGUGAAGAAGAUGAGGAAAAAAUGGAUGAAGAUGGUGAAGAAGUUGCUCAUGCAUUUGGUCCAGAAGAAACUGAUAUUGAUCUAACACAUUGUAGAAUACGAAGAAUUGAAAAUUUUGAACAUCUAACUGCUGUCACAGAAUACUUUCAUCAUUUAAAACAAUUCUGCAGUUGGAAGUAUAUGACUACAACCAAUGAUUGUGAAAAUAAAGACAGCCAGACUUUGUGCUUGAGAAAUAAUUUGAUUAAAAAGAUUGAGAAUUUACACACCCUUACUACUUUAAGAGAGCUUGAACUGUAUGACAACCAAAUCACAAAAAUUGAAAAUCUUGAUGCUUUGGUUAAUUUAGAAAUACUCGACAUUUCUUUUAAUCGCAUUACAAAAAUUGAAAAUUUAGAUAACUUACUGAAUUUGAGAAAACUCUUCUUAAUCAACAACAAAAUCACCAAAAUUGAAAAUGUGGGGCAUUUAGAAAAUCUUGAAAUGUUGGAACUUGGAUCAAAUAAAAUAAGAAAAAUUGAAAAUUUAGAAGGAUUGAAAAAUCUGACAAGUUUGUUUUUAGGCAAAAAUAAAAUUUCAAAAAUUGAGAACCUGGAUUCCUUAGAGCAUUUAGAAUUGCUGAGUUUACAAAGUAACAGGAUUUGCAAAAUUGAAGGUUUGGAGAAUUGUGUCAACCUUGAACAUCUGUAUCUGAGCCAUAAUGGUAUAACAGAAAUUGAUGGACUUCAAAACAAUGCGAAAUUGAAAACUCUUGACAUGACCAGUAAUAAAAUAAAGAAAAUUGCAAAUGUUGAACAUCUAAUUGAUCUAGAAGAAUUCUGGUUCAAUGAUAAUGAAAUUGACUCAUGGGAAUGUCUGGAAGUUCUGAAAACUUUUGAAAAGUUGGAAACUGUAUACCUUGAGCAUAAUCCAGUCGAAAAGGAUCCAAUGUAUCGUAAAAAAAUUAUGCUUCUUGUACCCUGGAUUAAGCAGAUUGAUGCAACAAUGGCACAAGCUUAAAUGUCACUGUUUUCAUUAUUUAUCUUUAUGCAGGUUAAUUUCUAUGUGUUUUUCAUGCAGAAUUCUCAUUUUGUAUAUGAUCAAAACUUUGAUUUUUAGAGGAGUAUAUGUCUGUCUUUAUACUGUAAAUAUUUGCAUUGGAAAUUAAAGUGCUGCUACUUCUUUA